CUGGCGCCCGCCGCGGGGAGCCUUUGAAAAGUUGCCGGGAGCGCGGUUCCGCUCCCGCGGCGGGGCUGGCCUGGCCUGGCCCGGCCCGGUCCGGCCGAGAGCCCCGGGCUGGGGCGGCUUUGCGGCGGGACACCCCCAGCCGCAGGAUUGGGAAGCAUGGCUGCUAAGAAGCUAAGAAGAGCACAGUUGUCUCAGGAAAUGUGUGAAAGGCUGAGCCGCUAUCAGAUCACCACCUGUCAGGACUUCUUAUGUCUUUCCCUCUUGGAGCUCAUGAAAAUGACAGGACAGAGCUACUAUGAGGUGCAGAAGCUUCUUUGUAAAGUCAGCCGAGCCUGUGCUCCCAAGAUGCAGACAGCUUAUGAAAUGAGACUAAGGAAGUCUGUCAAUCCUUCUUCAGCCUUUUUAUCCACUACACUUCAUAGUUUGGAUAGAGUCCUGCAUGGUGGAGUGCCUUGUGGAUCCCUCACAGAGAUAACUAGCCCACCAGGUUGUGGCAAAACUCAAUUUUGUAUCAUGUUAAGUGUUCUGGCCACGCUGCCUGUAAGCAUGGGAGGACUAGAUGGGGCUGUUAUAUACAUUGACACAGAAUCUGCAUUCAGUGCUGAAAGGUUGAUUGAGAUAGCAGCAAACAGAUUCCCUACUUAUUAUGACUCAGAUGAAAAGCUGCUCUGCAUGACCCGUAGCAUCCACCUGUACCGAGAGCUGACCUGUUGCAGUGUGCUGAAGAGGAUUAUGUCUUUGGAAGAAGAAAUUAUUUUGAAGAAGGUUAAACUUGUAAUAAUUGACUCUGUUGCUUCAGUUGUCAGAAAGGAGUUUGAUACAAAACUUCAGGGCAAUCUGGCAGAGAGAAGUAACUUUUUGACUAGAGGAGCAUCAGUGUUGAAGUAUUUGGCAGAGGAGUUCUCAAUACCAGUUAUCUUGACGAAUCAGAUUACCACAGCGCUGAGCAGUGGCCCUGGGGUCCGGGCAGACCUGGUGUCUCCAGCUGAUGAUUUGUCCUUGUCUGAAGGAUCUUCUGUGAGUGGGAAGAGGGAUUCUGCUUAUGUGACAGCAGCCCUUGGCAACACGUGGAGUCACAGCGUCAACACCAGGCUCAUACUACAAUACCAUGACUUGCCAACAAGACAGCUCCUGGUUGCUAAAUCCCCUGUUGCUCCAUUCUCCACUUUUUUCUACACCAUUGAGAAAUCAGGCUUGAUUCUUCAGGCCAUAACCCCAGUGCACUGGGACCUGAGAAUCAGCACAGCAAGCUACAGGAGAAUCAGUCCAGAAAACAGGAAGCACCGAGAUGACCUAAUACUCUAAUAGCAUUUUCCUCCCCGGGAGCAAUGUCCAGAGCAUGGCAGGGGAAGGAGGGACCGAAUGCUGUUCUCAAGCACCUGAUUAGCGCCUCUUGUAACAACUCCUUGAGACAGCUGGCCUGGAAAGUGGUAACAGGAAUGCCAUCCCAGCUUUGGAAACUUGCCUGCUUCACAACCAACUCCGUAUCUGGAGCAGAGACCGACCGUGGCUGAAUAUCGUUCUUGUAAGCACCUACUGCAUUGCGCUGGUGGUUUAAAGGGGUUCAUUAAUGCAGCUGAGGCAGAAGUUGGCAAUUGCUGGGUAUUUAUUUUGGAGCAGCCUUCAGGAAUGUCCCAGCUUUCAUUUCCUGGGGUUGCAAAGGAGGAUGGUAAGGGCAGAGGAAAAGCACUGAUUUCAAGAAAAGAUAUUCUAAGCUGAAGAAUUCUCAACCUGAGAGUUAAUCACUAUCUUACAGGGAAAAAUACCUCUUGAAACACUGCACUUAUCCAUUAAAAAUAAAAUUAUAUCAGGACCUUUUAUUCUUUUCCUCCCUGGAAAAUCCAAAUCUAAGGUAAAGGAAAAUAAUUACCAAUGUUUUAAUGUACAUGGAAGUUCACACGUAGGUAUCAGCUGGCUCUUCCCAAUUAUGUCCCUGAGAAAAAUCCAAGCCAUCCAUAACAGACUUCCACAUUAUCAGGGACCACAAAAAGCAGAAUACCUUCAUCUUACUCCUGUGGAGACUGGGCCUAUUCCAGACAUCACUACCAGUAUAUAGGGAUUUGGUUUUAGCACAUUCCUGACAACACAAAUGGCACAGAGGAGGCAAAUGCUUUUCAGCCUUCCUUUUAAGAAAGAAGAACUUUGCACACCUCAGUGUGAUUUGGCAGCCUCAUAUCUCACUAUCAUUAAACACAGAACUAGCAUGAGUCUUUACAUACUUUCAUGGACUUCACACAUUCUUUUCACAUGUGUUACUGACAUAAAAAUAACACUAUUGCAGAUACUUUCUUUAAAAGGGAGUGUGCAUGUGUCCUAUUUGCAGUACUAUAGCCACCCUGAAGAAAGGAUGGGGAAGAGGGCAGGCUGCAGCUUGCUUUCUUAAUAACAUGCAAAACCUUUAAAUCUCAGGUUACAGUAAGUAUUUUGGCUCCAAACUCCAGCUAUAAAGCAAAUAGCCCAAGGACUCUCUCUAAAACUGUAGCAGCAAAUUUUAAUAACAUCUAAGUGCAAUGAUGAGGCUCCUCUGUGCCUAAAGAACCUUCUGGCUAUAAAAUAUCAAAAAUGACACUUUCAAAAUAAGUAUUUUUAAGAUGUUCUUUAUCAAAAGCAAUGCCACCAGCAGGCAUCACCUCACCUCCUUCUGGAAGUGCCUUGAGGCAGAGACUUGCCCCAUUUCCCUUUGUUAUAUGGGUCCUACCUGAUGGCAGCUUUUGUGCUGUCCUCUCAUGCACACUGGCUCUGUGUGACCCACUGACUCUGUUAUGGUCUCUGACAGGUCUUCUGCCAACCCCUGCAGCACAAGGGAGUGUUUCAUGGAAGACCAGACUGACUACUUCUGGGGUCUAAUCCUGUAGGGUGUGAGAAAGCUCUUCUAUUGUUUUACCAAAGGGACUGAAAUCUGCAAAAGACCUUGAAAAACAUACCUCCCAAGGUAACAUAAGGAUAUAUGAUACCUGAUAAACCUGGGGGUUUUUCUUCCAAGUUUCAUAAUGGAGUGCAAUUAGGCCUUACAUACCUAACCUUGGCCAUGCUACAAGUGGUUUAAUGGGCAAUAUCCAGUAAACAGAUAAACUAAAUUGUGCCAGCAUGAAGAGGUCAUUCUUCUCAGCACCUAAAUUCUCCUCUGAAUGGGAGCACUUCCUUUUUCCAGAUGCAUAUACAAAAUGAUGGCUCAGUGCCUUCCUAGAAAUGGAAAGGCCCAUUCUUCCUCACUUCCUCGCUUCCUCACUCUUUCAGUGAAAACACACACAUGAUGAGAAACCCCACACACAGGUUGGUGAGAGCCCCAGUGUGGGCACAGAUGGUGUGUCUGAAUGAAUGGACACACAGAGGUGUCUAUGCAGUAAGAAUGUUUACCGUGUGUAGUGCUGGGAAUCACAUGCAGGAUUCCAGGCAAACCCACAAGACUGGCUGUAAGACGUUGUAAUGCAAAGAUCCUUUCUUCUGCGUCAGAGCCACUAAGGUUUGUGCCAUUGGGAUGAUGAAGUUCAAAGAUGAAGCAGGCUGCAGGUAGGAAACAAUUUCUAAAUCAUUUCAUGUAGGAGACUUCUGCAAAAAGUAUUCAGGUACCUUCAGCAGACCAAGCCAUUGGAUCUAAGUGAGUCUUUAGUUAUCUGAUUUUUUCUAAUGAAUGCCUGUUUGACAGAGCGGUAGACAAAUCGCUAGAUUGCUCUAGUUGGGUAUGAGCCCCUAUUGCUGUUUUGCCCAAGGCAAAAAUGUCCUCAUUGCAAUUUUAGGUAGGCAGAUUUAACCCUUGAAGUAUUUGGCACCUUGCACCACACUACACACUGGCCACAGGGCUCAACCUGUUUUGUCUAAAAUCAGCUGUAGCGGGGCACUGGUGCUGUCUCAGUGAUGUCUGUGGCUCAGUGCUUCAGAAAUCACACAAAGGGUCAUGUGGGUCACUUCCCUCCUGUUGAGGAAGAAACUCAGGCCAGGUUAGAUGAGCUGCAUAUGGAAAGGAGAGUGAGGGCAUACAGGGCAAAGGGAUAACAGAUUCUUGAACUGACUUCAGCUUUGAUAUUCUGCAGUUGUUUUAAGGAGAAGGCAACAGGAGCUUUGUCACAGGUAUGAGUGAAAUUUUAUUUUAGAACCUCUGUUUAAGACAAUAUGUCUUUUUGAAGAUAUUAUUCAAAGAAAUGAAUUCAUUUAACAUCAGCAGAAUUCUACAAUAUUUUCCUUCCUGUGUGGUCCUUUCUUGUAUAUUGUUCUCACUCAGACAAUAUAUUUUUGAUGGGAAAGUAGUCGUUCUUUCACUUUCCUAUUCUCUGCUGGCCUCCUUAAAAUCUCCCAUUAUGGAUUUGCAUCAGAUUACUAUCGUGGUAAUUUCUAGUUCAAGUAAAAUCAACAAACUUCCUCUCGAAUCUUUCCUUCUAGUCUUUGAGGCAUUCUAGAAAGCCCAAGUGCCCUGGUGGCCAGCUCCCUGCUCAGUAUCCCAAAAGGCCUGUCUUCAUUUUUUUGAUGUUAGCUUUGUGCAAGGGUUUUUGCUUUCACUCCUCUCUGGUUAAGUCAGUAAUACAUGAUUCUUUCUAAUAAUUUAAUCCCUUCUGCUCCUAUGUUUUAUAUCAAGCUGGAAGGUGGAGAUAAGUUCCUCCCCAACUAUUUGUCGGGUUUUGCUGUCUUUAAGAAUGCUGCUGGUCUUUGGUGUGAAGAUGGGCCUUUGGAGUAAGGCUGAUAGGGAUGUUCUCCAAACUUGACCUGGACAAGGAAAUACAAUUCCCCCAGAGAGGUUUCUUUUGACUGACCCAGUUGUUGUCCAUAUGUCCAGUAGCUGGAUAGUUCACACACACUUAUAGACUGUUGUAUGUUUAUAUAUAUGUUAAACAUAAACUGAUGAUAUGUGAACCCCUACUUUUGCUGAAGUUCAGGUGACGUUUGCUGUUUCACUCUCCUCCUGAACUGCUUAGUGUGAAGGAAGAAAACACAAAACAAAACAACCCACAAAUCCAUGCCAGUUUCAGCACCUUUGCCCUUAUGAUUGACAGCUUUCCUCCUCUGCUGGAUUAAGGCCGCUGCAAGUGGGAAUUCCUUCUCCUGAAUUAAUUAAAUCUGUAUUGUUAUUGCCUUUGAUCUACUGCCAUAGGAACCGGAACGAGCACUGGGAAACCUCCAUUUUUGUCCAUUUCUUACACAAACAGGUCUGGACAGAUUAUUAAAAGGAUCAUUUAGAAGAUGGUGGGCAGAACAGUCCCCUCCCAAAGCUGCCCUUGAGACUGACAGUUUCUGUGGAAACUGCAUGGGAACAGUUACAGACCUCUAGUGGCUCUGUUUAUAUAGCUCAUCUAUUUCCUCAUUGCUCACUAGCACAGUAUUUUGGAAAGCCAUAUAGAGAUUUCCCAUAAGGAUUACAACACGGUGUCAUUUCAUCUUCUCCACAUUUCCCAUCCCGUUGUCUGUUUUAUUUUCCUCACCAUAACAUCUGUCCCACAUCACUGAGAGAUUUCACAAUUGGAAACCUGCUAUAAAUUAUGACAUAGAGUUAAAGGACUUCAGUGUUUGCUCUCUGCUAUUUUUUUUUCAAGAGACUUUGGGUUAACCACCUCUUCAAAAUAAGCCCUUUUUUUUUCUUUCCUUUUUUUUUUUUUUUUGGCUAUUUAUAUACCCGUGUUUGUAAAAGCUGUCUUUGGAAACUGGAAAAAAAAAGAAUAUUUCUGCCCUUCCUGCUUGUAUCCUUUUCCAUUUAUCUUCCAUGGAGUUCCUAGAGAAACACAAACUUCUGUAAGUGCUUGCAUAAAAUAAUCUUUAGCAAGCUCUGUCCCUAAUGGCCCGCAGGGACUCCAGAUAAAAAAACAGUUUCUCACAUUUCUGUUCCUCAGCAUCUGACACUGUGGAAGCUUUAGGGCUCCAAGUGCCAGCCUGUGUCACUGCUGCCAGGGUUGCAGGCUGAACUGGCCUCUGGUUCCAGCCAAAACGGAAGCAAGAGUCCUGAAUUAUAUAAAGGACAGGCUACUCUGGUUGGGUCUAUAGGAGGCUGCAAUAGUAUGCAAUCCUAGGAACAGUCAGAGUGACAAAGUUUCAGCUUUACACACUGUUUUGUACUGAUCAAUCAAUGUUAGUGUCACAUAUCAUCACCUGUGGGAACCAGAGACAUUUAAAUGAGAGAUCAAACAUACAGGACUAUAUUCUCACAAUCCAAGGACGUCUGAGUCAUUGGUGACUUCACCUGUCACUGCAGCCUUUUUUCUCUGAACCAGAAAGCAGCACACAUAUCUCCUGCUCUUGGUUCUCACUCACAAGUGAGAUCACUGCAGACCACAAGCAUGGAGCACUUGCAAUGCUCCACAACAUCAGCCUUGCUUCCUCCAGCAGCCAGGAGAGAAUCAGAGAUUUAUACGGCUGGGAGGAAUCUCAGAAAAUCACUCGGUCCAGACUCAUGUCCCAGGGCAGGAUCAUUAUACUUAUGUCACACUUGGCAAGUGCUUGUCCAACCUCUUCCUAAAAGCAGGAUGGUGAUUCCACACCCUCCGCAGAUACUUCUGUGUGUAAUUACCCUUAUUGCUUUCCAUCUUCUAACAUCCAACCCCAAUCUCCUUUUCUGUAGUUUAAGCUCAUUACUUGUCCUAUCCAUCAUCUAUAUGGCAAACAAUUUAUUCCCCUUUUCUUCCCAGCCACCUUUCACAUAUUUGACAGCAGUAGUCCUAUCUUGCCCCAGUCUUCUCUAGACUUAAGAAAGUCAAAUUGUUCAUUCUUCCUCCUAGCUCCGUUUUGCAAGACCUCUGAUUAUCCCCCAGUUGUCCUCUGGACCUUGUGUUGAGCACAGCACCCAAAGCUGGACAUUACACUCCAACUGCUCACAGACAACUGAGCAGAAUGAUUAUUUGUGGAGUUCAUCUCUAAGCACUAAUCCUAGUAAAGCACUUGUCCUUUUUACAUUAGCAAUUAACUCAUAUUUGGGUUGUGACCUGGAACAUCUCUCAGGUCUUUUCAUGCAGUGUUACUACUUACUCAAAACUUCACUGCCUGAUAUAAACAGAAUUAAUUAUUCCUGGUGAUGCCCAACCACAGAAACUGAGAACUGUCCUUACUGAAAUGAAUCCUAUUUUUAAGGCUGUUUGUCUAAAUAUUUUUUAAUUGUAGCUUUAUAUUUCAGAUUACCCAUAGUACCCUUCCAGAUUGUGGUAGCCAAGAAUCUAAUAUUUUGUAUUCCAUUGUCCAAGCUGUUCACAAUCCCCUUAAAUCAGACUGAACCAGUAUAGAUUCCCACCAACUCUUCUAGAUCCAUCUUUCCCCUUUAAAGGUAUAGGUAAUGACUCUUCUCUUCAUGCAGUUUUCCAAUCAGCAUUCCAUCAUCUUAGACCAGUUCUAUCACAAACUCCCUUAAUUAAAUUUGCUUUGGAGUAUCAUGUUAUACUGUGACAAAAGCCUCACCACCAUCAAAAUACAGGAAUAUUAUUGCUUGUCCCUUAUCAAUGAGGGUUCUUUAUUCUGUCAUGAAAGGAAAUUUGACCUGUUUUACACAAUUUGUUUUUGACAAAUCUAUGCUGGCCAUUAUUCAUCUCUUUGUUUUGUUUUAGGUGCUUACCAAAGUUUGAUUGUUUGUUCCAGUAUUUUUCCGGGAAUUGAAGUCAAACUGAACAAUCUGUAAUCCCUGGCUCCUCCUUUUUUCCCUUGUAAAGACCGGAACUACGUCUGCACUUUUCCAGGCUUCCAAGUAUGAUCUCUGGGCUCUGUAAAACAUCCCAGGAGCUGGGCGAGGUUACACUUAGAGCUUUUGUGGUUAAAUAACUAACUGGCUGUAGCAAUUACCCGAGGAUGAAAUUCAUCUGGCCAAACCAACUUCAACACUAUCUGAAGGAUCUUUUGAUCUAGCCUUUGUUAUAGUUUUGUGACCUCACCCCCUUCUGUCGUUGACAUUGAUUGCAAUACUUGUCUGAAGUGAUAACAAAUGUGAAAAGGGUAUGAAGCACCCUGGCACUCUAGCCAGGAAUUGUCUGAAGCCUUUCUUCCACAAUGGGCAGCAUGUCUUUGGUCACCUACAUCUUCCUCUUGCUCCUGAAGUAGUGAUGGGAAAAUUAAAUGUCAUUUAAAGUCUCUUGCUAAUUGGCUCCCAUUUUGCUGCGUGACCUUUGUGAUUUUGUUGUCAUAUAUCUAGCCCAGCUUCUGCAUGCUCAUUUCCUCAAGGCUGAGAUCAAAGCAGAGCUGAUGAUUUCUCAGAGUGGAUCUGUUGUUAUAUCUCCUAUGGAUAGCUGAUGCUUAUUACUGUUCUCUCCUAGGUGCUUUUUACAUUACCAGAGCUUCUCUCUUGCCCAGGGUCCAAAAUUACGUGCCUUUAAUUACUGAGCAAAUUGUUCUAAUGGAAUCACUACUAGACUUUACUUGGUCUAGGAAAGACCAGAAGCCUGAUCUUUGUUUCCAUCUCUCAUCAACCUGGGAACAUUCAGUCUCUGCUAAUCAAAUAUUGUUUAACCUCCUGUCCUUACCAGAAGUGAUAAAUGUAAAUAACAAUAUUUUUUAACCCAGAUCAGAAUUUUACAUAGUCCCAAAUGCUGGAAGUGUUUACAGCCAGAAGUAUUCUUCAGUUUCAUCUCAGCUGCUCAUUAGAAAAUCAUAUUUUCUCAUUUGGGUACUUUUUUUUGCUGGCUUCCCUCAGCUGGCCUGCCAAGCUUGAAGGCAGAACAGAUCAGACUGAUGGAGAGGGGAAUACGUUUUUAUUUUCAUAUGCCUGAAAAACUAAGAAUUCACUGGUAAUGUAAUGUCACUGAAGUCAUGCCUGCACAGAAGCUCUAACUUACCUUCCACUGUCACAUAUUCUUCUCACCAGUGAAGACACUCAGAAGGUCCCUGCUCAAGGAAGCCAAAGCAGUACCACCAAUUCUGUAAAUAAAGCAGCGUUGCACUGCUAUAAUGGUGCUCAGACAAAAGAGCAGCCUGAGCAGCCAAAAGGGGAAGGAGUUCAGCUGCUCCUUCUGUUGCCCAAGAGGAAGCAAAUUUCAGAUGGUGCUUCAGUUCCCUUUGGUUAUGAUUCACCACAAAUGAACAGCUAAAACAUCGGUUGAUAGUAAAGCCAUGCAAACAGGGACUUCCACAAGUGGAGACUCAGAGGAAAAAGCAGAGAAAGCUGGCCCCUUGCCUAACUGUGAGUCGCCUUCCUUCCCAUUAUGCUGCUUUUGUUUUUAGGGUUCCUGUGUGUUUUGCAGUGUCAGCCAGUUGCCAGAGAGGAGAAGACAGCCUUGCAUAGGUUUUAGUUAUGCCUCAGACCCCAGGCACCACGCAGACCCUACUGCGAGACAUGUUCUCUACUACCAACUGCUGUUAAAGCAGAGCAACCUAGACCAUAAAUCAAGUAACAGAACAUCCUGCUGAUAAACUGCAGUAUACAGAAACUUGCACAAUAUUUAUGGUUUGUUACAGGUUAACACUAGAAGGAGCAAACCAUAAGGGCUGUGUUGCCCUCUUCUAACAGAGUUCUUAUCCUAUCUUAUCAUGACAACUUUCCAUGAUAGAAAAAUGGCCUCUUCUUCUCAGCCUGGACAAAAUGCACCAUUAGCAAAAUAUCCCCUGUUCAACCACCCUUAGUGGUGUGAAUUUGUUGUGCUUUCAGCCACUGGAUCUUGCUUUGACUUGUCUUACUUCUUCUUCAUAUCAAUAUGCAAAGAUCAUGUGUGACUCUUGUAUAACGACUCUGAUACACAGAGGCACUUAAUGUAUCACAUCCAAAAUGCAAGGGAGCAUAACAGCAACUAUUCCAGUUCUUAUAAAGAAUUGCUGGAGACUACUUGUCAAGAAACAAGCAAAAAAACACCAUGCUUGGAAAGAAGGGAGAGAAGGGUGUUGUCAAUCUGACAAAGGUAGGCAUUAAGUAAAUCACACAACAGACAAGUUUUCCACUGUCCUGUACAUGUUACCACUGUUAACACUGGGUACAAACUUAGUAUACAGUGAAUAAAACCAGACAGUGCUAUAGGGUAAUGGAUGAGACUGACAGAAGACUACAAUGGCCUAUCUUUCCAUCUCUAUUUUACAAAUCCAUUGAGCAAACAAAGCCUCUCUGCACUUGCAUUUACCUGCUCUGCAUGAGACCCCAAAUGAGUGGAGAUAUGUGGGGUGAAUGAAGGAGCAGCAUGAAAAUUGGUGUGCCCAUACACACAUACAACACCAGGGUUAAUGAAAGGUCCUUAAAAAGUUUCUCCUUACCUGUACAUCCCAUUAGCUAAACCUGUGUUUAUGUGAGGAAUGCAUUUACUAAUUCAGACCAUAUUAGCAAAAUCAGCCAGUUUGCUAACAUGGGUCAGCCUGGCAAAGUAAGGCAUAACAAUGACAUCCCAAUCCCACCCCACCAUGUCUCAUCAUACCUUUGGGUACAGUUCUGCUGAAAAAAUUUCAGAUAAAAACACUGAAGCAUGGGGAAAUGAGAGUGGGGGAUGUGCAAGAUGCCAAACACCUGAUCCCUCUUAAGAAGAAAUCCCACAGGGGAAAGAAAAAAAAAAAAAAAAAAAAAAAAGGUUGUCUUAAAAUGGCCUGCAGAAGGAUGUGCUGAUACCUGAAGGAGAUGAAGCCAGUAAAGCUGUACUAAGGCUGAACUGCCAUGUGUAAAAUCCAGCACUUCCCAAUGCAGCAAGGCUCUCUGUGUGCUCCUAUGGCUGGAGGGGAGGGGAAACUAUUGAAAGUAGGAGGGGAGAUUAAUAAAAACAUAUUUGCACAUUUAAA